GCAGAUCAGAGUGUGAAUCAUUCCUCCGCAGUAGAGGCUGAAGCUAAGGGUGGUGUCGUUUGCAGUUCGCAAAGCUAUAAAGUUACACUUGUUAUCUACAACCUCAAGACUGUGCAAGUCGAAUUACCAUGGCUUAUGAAGGGUUCAAGACAUUUAAAGUCGAGAUAAAGGAAGGCGUCGCUUGGGUAACAUUUGACUUUCCUCCAGUGAAUGUCCAAGGAAAACCGAUGCUUGAUGACCUGAAUCGUUUGGCUGAGGCCUUGGAGCCCGAUCGUUCCAUCAAGGUGGUGGUCUUCCAGUCAAGCCAUCCGGAUAUUUUUGUCUGUCACGCAGACAUUGACAUGCUGUGUGAGAUUCCUGCCUCUAAACGCUCCAUGGACGACCCUUUGUUAUAUUUACAAGAGGUGUUACAGCGAAUCAGUGCACUUCCUCAAGCUACCAUUGCUAAAGUAGAGGGAAUGGCCCGAGGAGGCGGACACGAAUUCAUGCUGGCGUGUGACAUGCGUUUCGCCGCUCGAGGUAAGGCGGUGUUUAUGCAGAUGGAGGUGGGUAUGGGCAUUGUACCAUGCGGUGGAGGGACACAGCGGCUUGCGCGUCAAGUUGGAAUGGGUCGUGCCAUGGAGAUCAUUCUGGGGGCCCACGACUUCGAUGCGGACCUCGCAGAACGCUAUGGAAGCAUCAACCGAGCAUUGGAUCCUGACGAAAUUGGGCCUUUUGUGGAAGAGCUGGCCAACCGCAUAGGUAAAUUCUCGGCGGGAUCUAUCGCUGCCUGCAAGAGAUGUGUGCUGAGUGCAGUGGAGACUCCAAUAGAAGAAGGCCUGAAGAUUGAGGCGUACCAGCUGGGGCAGGCUAUGGCAUCCACCCCUGGCGCCAAGAGAUUUGCUUAUGCCAAGGAACAAGGGCUACAAGAUGAUCUGGAAACCCAAAAGAAUUGGGACAAAGGAGUCAUGGACAUUCAGUCAAUACAGUAACUCACCACUGAACGUUUUCUUGCAGUGGAAGAUGAUUGUUAAUUUACCCUGUUGUUUUUCGUUAGUUUCAUCUUCUAUCGUUAAAAAAUUAUCCGUAGAUACGAAAGUUGUAGAGUUGUAGAAUUCUGCUAAUUAAUAAAUCCAAUAUUCUGUGUGAAAUUAAUGGCGACUUAAGGCGACUUAAGGUGACUUAAGGCAACUUUAAGCGACUUAAGGUCCCAGAGUAUGCCUUUCUAUACUGACCCUCAAUGUCCAAAAUGGACUUUUCAGAUAAUCGCAACAUGAGACUGCCAAAAGUUGAAUUCAAAAUUGUUGACCCUUUCGUGGUAACUAAAAAUAAAUAUUAAUACCAAAA